AGGCUUAAACUGUAUGCUAUUGGCCAGUCGUCGUGAGAAAGGCGGGGUUUGAUGAAAACGGGUAGGAAAGGAAAAAAUAAGACGAAUAGCUGUAUCUUCGCCGGUGGAGCGGUUGCGUGUGUCUCCACGUAUUUGUUCCAAAGACGACGGUUUUAUUGUGUUUCUAUUUGAUCGUGUUGUCCGAUAACGGAACCGGGACGUGUAAGGACGUGUUUAAAUCGCUCGGAGUGACCGGUUUAGACGUCGUGAUAUCUAUUUUCCUCUAAGUCGAUCAGACUGAUUUUUUUUUGUCGGGGGACAGAAAACACGUCCUGUGUCUGUGUUGUGUUGAUAAAGUAACAAGAGGAUCGCGGUGUGGAUUUAAAGAAAAGCGAGCUGCUGCGAUGAGCAAUUUGGACACGGUGGAUCGAGUCGAGCUGUGUGAGAGUCUCCUAACAUGGAUCCAGACGUUUGGUGUGGAAGCGCCGUGCAAAACAGUAGAAGAUCUCACGAGUGGCGUGGUCAUGGCUCAAGUGCUGCAGAAAAUAGACGUGGUGUACUUCAGCGACAGCUGGAUAAGCCGCAUCAAGCCUGAAGUGGGUGAUAACUGGAGGUUAAAGAUCAGCAACCUGAAGAAAAUAUUAAAAGGCAUUUUGGAUUAUAACCAUGAGGUCCUGGGACAGCAGAUUAAUGACUUCACCCUGCCUGAUGUCAAUCUUAUCGGGGAACACUCGGACGCAGCCGAGCUCGGCCGAAUGCUGCAGCUCAUCCUCGGCUGCGCCGUCAACUGUGAACAGAAGCAAGAGUACAUCCAGACCAUCAUGAUGAUGGAGGAGUCCGUGCAGCAUGUCGUCAUGACGGCCAUUCAGGAGCUUAUGAGCAAAGAGACGCCGGUUUCAGCAGGAAACGACUCCUACGCUGACCUGGACAGACAGCUGAAGAAGACGGUGGAGGAGCUGAACGAUGCUCUGGCUUCUAAAGAAGAGAUCGCUCAGCGCUGCCACGAGCUGGACAUGCAGGCGUACCUCGUCCAAGAGGAGCGCGAUAGACUGAGAUUAGAGUUUAUUGAACUAGAGGAGAGGGUGGCAGCUCUACAGGAAGAGAAGAGCAGCCUGCUCGCCGAGAAUCAGGUCCUGAUGGAGCGUCUCAACCAGUCCGACUCCAUCGAGGACCUGAACAGCCCGGCCGGGAGGCGGCACCUCCAGCUACAAGCACAGCUGGAGCAGCUGCAGGAGGAGACGUUUAGGUUGGAGGCGGCUAAAGACGACUACCGUAUCCGUUGCGAGGAGCUAGAGAAGGAGCUCCUAGAGGUCAAAGGUCAAAACGAGGAGCUGACGUCUCUGGCUGACGAAGCUCAGUCACUCAAAGACGAAAUGGACGUCCUGAGACACUCGUCCGAUAAGGUGGCGAAGUUGGAGGCGCAGGUGGAGUCGUAUAAGAAGAAGCUGGAGGAUCUGGGGGAUCUGCGCAGGCAGGUGAAGCUGCUGGAGGAGAAGAACACCAGCUACAUGCAGAACACCGUCAGCCUGGAGGAGGAGCUACGCAAAGCUAACACCGCCCGAGCUCAGCUGGAGACCUACAAGAGACAGGUGGUCGAGCUCCAGAACCGUCUGUCUGAAGAAUCCAAGAAAGCCGACAAGAUGGAGUUCGAGAGCAAGCGACUGAAGGAGAAGGUGGAUUCGCUUCAGAAGGAGAAAGACCGGAUGAGGACGGAGCGCGACUCUCUGAAGGAGACGAUUGAGGAGCUGCGGUGUGUUCAGGCUCAGGAGGGUCAGCUCACCUCAGGUUUGGUACCACUGGGCAGCAGCGAGGCCUCGGACUCACUUGCGGCAGAAAUCGUGACCCCAGAGAUCAGGGAGCGGUUGAUCCGUCUGCAGCACGAGAACAAGAUGCUGAAGCUGAAUCAGGAAGGAUCAGACAACGAGCAGAUCGCUCUCCUCAAGAGUCUGCUGGAGGACGCAAACGCCAGGAAGAACGAGCUGGAGACGGAGAACAGGCUGGUGAAUCAGAGGCUCAUGGCAGGUCAGAGUCAGGUGGAGGAGCUGCAGAAGAGUUUACAGGAGCAGGGUUCGAAAGCAGACGAUUCGGUUCUACUGAAGCGGAAGUGCGAGGAACAUUUAGAGAAAUUGAGAGACGCCACCAACGAGCUGCAGAAAAAGAGCGCCAUCAUCGAGGACCUGGAGCCCAAAUAUAACACCAGUGCUCAGAGGAUCGAGGAACUGGAGGAGGCUCUGAAGAAGAAGGACGACGAGAUGAAGCAGAUGGAAGAGAGAUAUAAGAAAUAUCUGGAGAAAGCGAAGAGUGUCAUUCGGACCCUGGACCCUAAACAGAACCAGGGUUCAGCUCCUGAGGUUCAGGCCCUGAAGAACCAGCUACAGGAGAAGGAGAGGAUGCUGCACUCACUGGAGAAAGAGUACGAUAAGGCGAAGUCUCAGCGAGAUCAUGAGGAGAAACUGAUCGUAUCUGCCUGGUACAACAUGGGCAUGGCUCUGCAGAAGAAAGCAGCGGAGGACCGUUUAGCCAGCACGGGAUCGGGUCAGUCAUUCCUGGCACGUCAGCGGCAGGCCACCAGCACGCGGCGCUCGUAUCCAGGCCACGUGCAGCCCGCCACAGCCAGUGAUGUAAAGGCAUGAGCGUCCGGUCGAGGCGGCGGGCGCGGCUGCAUGAUGCAUGAUUUUGCUCUCGAAUAACACCUCAACACACACUAACACCUCGCUCUCGGGUCCGAGUCCGGGUUCGUCGGCAUGCCCGCGUUGCGUUUCUAAACCUCCGCUAUCCCAGCAUGCUCCUGCCUGUGCUGUGGGCGGGGCCUGAAGGUUACUGAAGAGUGAUGUAAUAAGUAUUAUGAUCUUAGAUUACGACACGGACGAAACGUCUCUAGGUCAAAAAAUUGUAUUAUGUCCUUUUUUUUCCCCAUGCAUAUUUAUUAGAGUUUUUUCUUUUUUUCUAAUUUGAAUGAAGUGUGCUUUUAUUUAAUUUUUUUUUUUUUUUAUGACCCUGGUGGACAAAUUGUGAGCCUCUGCAGUUACGGAGCUUCGGCCUUGUGUGUUUUAAUUUUCCUCAAACUCAGAGCGUCACCGCUUUGUGGAGACAUUAUGUAAGUCUUUUCUUCCUGACAGGAGACAGUAUUAGGAGAAAAAGUUUAUAAUAAUAAUAAUAAUAAGUCAUUAAGGCGUUUCCAAGUAUAUACAUGUAUAUCGAUGUGCAUAUUAGAGACCUCGCAACAGGAAGUGAAACCCAGCUCAGAGAAAAGCAGUAUUUAUUGACGAUCUUUUUCCUUUAACAUAUGGGACUCUAGAAUGUUCAUUUAUUUAUGUAACAACAAAUCGCUCGAGCUUGGGCUGCUGUCACACUUUGUUCUCCCAUAGAAUUAGUGUUAUAUUUACAGGAAAUGGCUUAAGAAUGCUGACCGAAAGUGCUGCGUCUGAUUAUCAUUACAGCAAAGCAACAAAAGUUUGGGGAAAGAUGUACAUCUACAUCACGAGGGCUUUUGUUUUGCUUUGUUUUGUAACCUCCUGACCAAUCAGAUCGCAAGUUUAAUGACCUGUUGAAUUGAAACUAUUUUCAGUUUUAUUUCUGUAAACCGUGUGAUCUGAUUGGUCAGGAGGUUAAAAACUAAGCAAAACAAGACAAAAAAAAAACUCAUGAUGUAACUGUACAUUAUUUUAAGAAACUUUUGAAAGUACAGUUAUAUCUUACAAUUUUUUUUUGUUUUUUGACCAAUCAGGUCGCAAGCUUUAUGGCCUAUUGAACUAAACAUAUUUCCAGCGUUUCAAUGGAAGGAAGUUGUUUCAGACAUUUUCUCUUUUCAGCUUCAAAAAAAAAAAAAAAAAAUUUAAUCCUUAUUUAAUAUAAUAAUAUGAAUAAUAAUAAUAUAUCUAGAGAUCUACCUAGGUUAGUUAGAUAGCUAACACUAGCUAGAAUUUGUUAUGGUUACAGUAUGAAGGUCACACGAUUAUUUUCUCUUUUUUUCGUUCACUAAAUAUGGCGUUUAAAUAUGACUGGUUGGUCAGCGCUUUUUAUUGGGGGGGGGGGGGGGGUAGGAGUAUGAAAGCAGCCUAAAAUCGCUAGCAGAGAAAUCCGGAACGCUACUUAGCUGAAUCACGAACCUUCGAGUCUUAACCUUCGGUCCUGUUAGAUCCUUUUAUAGAAAUACGUUUACAUUGCAUAGAGGACAGAGAAGGAUGAGUGACAUCUAGGUCUCUAAUAUGUGCGUCUAUGUUAAAUGAAAGGUCAUUCAUCCAACCAAUGGGGUUGCAGCUGAUCAAUAAGGGGCGUGGUCAGAUCCAAUGACGACUCGUACAGUAAACCGUGUGCUGCUGAUUAUUAGUCCUUUAACUUUCUCCGCUGCUGCUUUCUUCUCAGCCGUCACACGUCACCAUGUCCAUUUUAUGCAAUACGCCACCAUUUUGUACUGUUACAACAUGAUUUGUUGUUGUUGUUGUUGUUUUUAAAUAUAUAUAUAUUUAGUGUUUGUAAGGGAGUUUGUGGAACGCACAACGCGUGAACUAGACAAAACAGUGUUAGAUUAUUAAAAAUGAAAUUCAGAAGAAAACUUUACGUCCACAGACGCCCAUUAGGAGAGGAUCUGCUCCAAUAGGACACCUCGGGCAAACCCUUAUCAUUAAAAAAAAAAAAAAUGAAAAAGAAGGAGAAACGAUGGCAUUUUGGUCAAAUUUUUUGGAAUAUUACGAUCGAUGUGUAUUUUUUAUGCAUAGGAAGAUGUUCCGUCUAGUCGAAGUAGCAAAUAAUCUUUCCAUUUGCCAAGUUUUAUAUUGCUUGUAUACAGUAUGUACAUACGCUGUGUGUGAGACAGUGGAGGAAGGUCCUGCUCAUUAGUUUAUAUACAUAAAUAUAUUAAGAAAAAAAAGGAAGAAGAAUGAUUGUAGGUUAAGGAAUUAUAAGGCGUGACUAUGUUUGAGGGGAAAAAUGUGCUUCCUACGCUGCAAAAAUGUACAGUUGGUAAUCAAGUUGUAAAUAAAGCUUGUAUAAAAAUCUCA